GCCGACGGAAGUCGCGUAAGAUGGCUUCGGCGCCGCACGGGUCGCCUACCGCGCCCGGGAAGAGCCAGUCUCGUCACCAGAAGGCAAAGCCGGACAGCCGAGAUGACUCUGAACUCCUCACUGUUCCUGAUGGUUGGAAAGAACCAGCCUUUUCCAAGGAGGACAACCCCAGAGGACUCUUGGAGGAGAGUAGUUUUGCAACUCUGUUCCCCAAAUACAGAGAAGCUUACCUGAAAGAAUGCUGGCCUCUGGUUCAGAAAGCCUUGAAUGAACAUCAUGUUAACGCAAACUUGGACCUGAUUGAGGGCAGCAUGACUGUUAGUACAACAAAGAAGACUUUUGAUCCAUAUAUCAUCAUUAGAGCCAGAGACCUAAUAAAGCUUUUAGCUAGGAGUGUUUCGUUUGAGCAGGCAAUAAGAAUUCUUCAGGAUGAUAUUGCAUGUGACAUCAUUAAAAUAGGUUCUUUAGUACGAAAUAAAGAAAGAUUUGUAAAAAGAAGACAGCGUCUUAUUGGCCCCAAAGGAUCUACAUUGAAGGCCUUGGAACUGUUAACAAACUGCUACAUUAUGGUUCAGGGAAACACAGUUUCAGCCAUUGGACCUUUCAACGGUUUAAAAGAGGUUCGGAAAGUAGUCCUAGAUACUAUGAAGAACAUUCAUCCAAUAUACAACAUUAAAAUUGACAAAGAAUUGGCUAGUGGUGAAUAUUUUUUGAAGGCAAGUCAGAAGAAACGACAGAAGAUGGAAGCUAUAAAGGCUAAACAAGCAGAAGCGCUCAGUAAGAGACAAGAGGAAAGAAACAAAGCUUUUAUUCCACCUAAAGAAAAACCAGUUGUGAAACCUAAGGAAGCUUCUACAGAAACUAAAAUUGAUGUGGCUGCCAUCAAGGAAAAGGUUCAGAAAGCCAAGAAUAAGAAACUGGGAGCCCUGACAGCUGAGGAACUCCGACUUAAGAUGGAAGCAAAGGAAAAGACAAAGACAAAGACAAAGUGACAUCCAAUGAAAGCCUGGACUAGAAGUUAUUAAGCUGUCUCCUUUUGUAAAGGAUUUUGAGGUGUGCUAGGCAUUAGUUGCCUUAUCUUUAAGAAAUACUUUGAUCUUUUUUUUUUUUUUCUUGAGCUUUUGUUUCCUGAAAAGUUCUCUAUAAAUUAUUCAUGUGGUUUUUGCAAAAUUUUGUACUAGAAACCAGUAUAUCUGUCGUCUAUGUUGGAUCGAAGCAUAAUUUUAGAAGCCAUUUUUUAGGUUUCAUACAGAAUGUUUUAAAAAUGAACUAUUGUUUAGACAUUGUAAUUAUCAAUAAAAUCCGAUGACUAGUACCACUGGUUAGAAUGUAAAUGUAAUCGUGUCCCAGCAUUUGAUUUUGUGGAAAAUAAAUACAACUUUCCAAUGCUCUC